UACCGAGAUCCCAGUUGCAGAAUCCCUUUCUCCUCACUAUACAACAGAGAGAGCCCUUCCAGUUUUUUUUUUUUUUUUGCACGAGAGCUCCUCUCUCUGCCGCGAUUCUUCAAAAUCAACAGAGCAGACAAAUUCCUUUAGCAAAACUUCGCAGAUUCGAAGAAACGGUAUAGCUGCUGCGGCGGCGGCGGGUGAACCCCGGCGCUUCUUCGAGCGAAGGUUUAAUGGCGAAGUUGAGGCACUCGCGAUUGCAUUCGAAGAAAUGGUCGACGAUCAAGCUGGUUUUCUCCAUGCUCUUUAUGCUCUCGUUCGUUCUCCUGAUUCUCCUAGGCUUGGGAAUCUUCUCGCUCCCUGUGAGCACCGACGAUUCGACUCCUAAGGAUCUGCCUGCUUCCUACCGCCGCAUGGCCGCCGAACGAGAUGGCGACGGGCUAGGUAAGCGAGGCGAGCAGUGGACUGAGAUCGUUUCUUGGGAGCCUAGAGCCUUCGUGUAUCACAAUUUCUUGUCCAAAGAAGAAUGUGAGUAUCUAAUCUCUCUAGCUAAGCCUCGCAUGACAAAAUCAACCGUGGUGGACAGCAAAACGGGAAAGAGUAAAGAUAGCAGGGUUCGCACAAGCUCAGGGAUGUUUCUCAGCAGAGGACAGGAUAAAAUCAUUAGGGCUAUAGAGAAGAGGAUCUCAGAGUUCACUUUUAUUCCUGCAGAAAAUGGUGAAGGCCUCCAAAUCCUCCACUACGAGAUCGGUCAGAAGUAUGAGCCUCACUUUGAUUAUUUCCUUGAUGAGUUCAACACCAAGAAUGGAGGCCAGCGUACUGCUACUCUGCUAAUGUAUCUGUCAGACGUCGAAGAAGGAGGCGAGACUAUCUUUCCUAGUGCCAAGGCAAAUUCCAGUUCGGUGCCAUGGUGGGAUGAAUUGUCUGAAUGUGGUAAAAAGGGUCUUUCCCUGAAACCGAAGAGGGGGAAUGCCUUGUUCUUUUGGAGUACAAGGCCCGAUGCCUCAUUAGAUCCUUCCAGUUUACAUGGUAGUUGCCCAGUGAUUAUAGGGAACAAAUGGUCAGCUACAAAAUGGAUGCACCUUGGAGAAUACAAAGCCAGAUAAAAGCUGCAGAGGUUGGUGUAGAUUGUAGACCGCUUCAUUCAGAGAAGAGCUACCAUACAGAGUUUUUGCUCCAUUUUGAAUAAUCUUAUUUAUCUUUUUGGUUCCGCCCGACCAGGGGUUUGUGGGUGUUGUUAGAUGUUGAGAAAAUGUUGUAUACUAAUUGUUGUUUAUUAAUAUGUAUUAGGGAUCCAAUGUUGCUAGCUCGCUUACACCAUCUUACUGUACAGCAACAAACGGAAAACUUCGCCCGUGAUCAAAAUACAUAUACACCCUGGAUCGUUACCAACUCAUUGUCUUGUGACGCCUGAGGGAACUGGUUUCGGCGCUUUCUUGUUAAUUGGAAAAUUCCAGUAGUAAUGAUUUCGGCGCUUUACCAAAAUCUUGGUUCAACAGUUCCGAUUAAUCGUCAGGGUGAAAUGAAGAUUGCAACCAAAAAGGGCACUAAUCAGCAGCCCUGAGGGAAAGGUAGGCAACGCAAGGACUUUGUAUACUCUGGUGACUUGCUGGCGACAUCAGUAAAGAAUCUCACGGAAGAAAGGCACAUCGCGCAAAACAUCAUGCCGCUACAACAAGCAACCAAGAGAUUCAAAGGUUAGAAUGUGUGUUGGAGGGGAGACGAUAAAAAAAAAAGGCUCAACCUCUGGAAUCUUUCUAUUCUUAAUAAAAAAAAUUAUAUUGCCCAUAAAAAAAUAAUAAAAAAUUAAUUAAUUCCGUCCACCUUUCUGAACAUGAGGCAGCAUAGUUUCAUAUGAAGUGAAGAGGGAAGAGGAGGGAUUAAGCAGACAGCUUAUUUUUCCGUUCAUCUUUUAGACCCUCUAUAUCACUCUAUCUAUCAAACUAAGGAAUAAAGACUUAGAGCAAUUCCUUUUCUUCUGUUUCCACGGGUGCAUAUGUUUCAAUUUUAAAACCUGGUGAUUGUGAUAACGAUUUUGAUGAAAACAAAUUAAACGAAUAAAGCCAAGUGACAAGAGAAAGCUAUAUCGCUCUUACCUCUGUAGAGGCCGACCUCAUAGAAGGUACUCUAGCAGUUCCAU